GCUGUACAUGUUUUGAUUGUCCCCAGAGAGCGGAGAAUGGAGAACUUGAGUUCUGAGCCUCUGCCCCGGAAACAAGAAGGAGACAUCUUAUAUGCAAUCACCCAGUUAUUGGGUUUCCCAGACAAAGUAGAGGGUGAAAAAUGUGAACUUGCAGGCUAUAAUCAUUCUGAGUUAGUAGAGACUGCAGAACAUUACUUAAAAGAGAGAAUACAAGAAGGGGAUAAAAAGGCAACUUUUCUUCUUGGUCAACUCUAUUUUGAAGAGGGGUGGUAUGAAGAUGCACUGCUGCAGUUUCAUAAAGUCAAAGAUGAUGACUAUCAAGCUUUGUAUCAGGUUGGGGUGAUGUAUUAUGAUGGUCUAGGAAUUCAAGAAGAUCAGAGUAAAGGAGUGGAGUACAUGAAAAGAAUUAUCAACUCAGACAGCUCACAAGCAAAUCACCUGAAAUAUGCAGCUGCAUACAAUCUGGGACUUGCCUGUUUUGAAGGCUGUGGGAUUCGUCACUCUGAUGAAGAAGCAGAGAGGUGGUGGCUUCUGUCUGCUGACAAUGGGAAUCCUAAAGCCAGUGUGAGGGCUCAGAGUACACUAGGAAUGUAUUAUUCACGCCCUCAGAGCAUGAAUCUGGAAAAGGCUUUCUUCUGGCAUUCAGAAGCUUGUGGCAAUGGCAAUGUGGAGUCACAGGGAGCUCUUGGUGUGAUGUAUCUGUAUGGACAGGGAAUACAAAGAAAUUUACAGUUUGCUCUGGAAUGUCUGAAGGAAGCAGCUGAGCGUGGAAAUGUAUAUGCACAAGGGCAUCUGGUCACAUUUUACUAUCACAGGAAGAUGUACAGAAAGGCGGCUGAGUUAGCUCAAAGUAUCGCACACUAUGACAACAUUGACUUGUUGGCAAAGGCUACAGAUUGUCUUCCUACAUAUACUGCCAGAGGAAUUGCCAUAGCCAACUUCUAUCUGGCCAGAUGCCUCCAUCUUGGUUUAGGCCUAAAAUCGGACAUGGCAGCUGCUAAAAAAUGUUACUCUAAGGCAUACCUCCUGGACGCAGAUGUGACUGCUGAUCUGCAGUACGACGUCAUUUCUGGAAAGAUCUGA